AUGGAAGCUGAAACCCACCAGCUACUUCUAAAAUACAUUUUUUUAGCGAAGUGUUUUUUACUUGCCAUGGGUAAGGGCUCAAAUGUUCAGAAGAAGCAAGCGGCUCGUGCUCGCCACGAGAAGGAAGCCAGCAAGCCUCAGGGAGGAGGUGGUCUGGCUGGAAAAGCUUCUCGUACUGGAGCAAAUGCCCCGAAGGUAGUUUGCCAGAUUUGCAGAACGGAGUUCAUGGCUUCCCAGUCGGACUCUCAGCUUAUGGGUCAUGUUGAAAACAAGCAUCCCAACAAGACCUUCGCUGACUGCUUCCCUGAGCGUGCCAAGGCCAAGGCGUAGAUAGCAUAGCCAUCUU